AUGUUGUCUGACAAGGACCAAACAAUCACACCCUCCGGCAACGGCCGUUACUACACCCGGCCCGACGCCGAGUCCCCCGCCGCCGCCGACCUCCGCCGGAAAAAACGCAACAAAUGCAUCCUCUUCUUCGCCCUCUUCGCAAUCUUCCAAACCGGCGUCAUCCUCAUCUUUUCCCUCAUCGUUAUGAAAGUCCGGACCCCGAAGCUCCGCCUCAGAUCCGCCGCGCUCUCCAACCUCGCCGCCGGAACUCCGGCGAAUCCUUUGCUUAGGUCAUCCAUAACCGCCGAGAUCUCCCUCCGGAACCCGAACUUCGGCCAGUACAAAUUCCACAACACCACCGUCGAGUUUUUCUACUCCGGCGCGACGGCUGGCCGGGCCGCCGUGCGUGGGUCGAGCGUGGGGUGGAGGUCGACUAGGAGGGUUGGGUUCAACGUGGAUUUGGACUUACCGGCGAGCGAUGAGCUGGCGAGGGAUCUCAGUACGGGGAUUGUGACGCUCGAUUUUCAGGCGAAGAUGAAGGGGAGAGUGGAUUUGAUAUUCGUGAUGAGGAAGAAAAGAUCGACGGCUAUGAAUUGCUCAGUUGAUGUCGUGAUUGCCACGCGGGCGAUUGGGAAUAUCAUAUGCUAA